UCGCGGGAGUUGCGUCGCGUGGUUUGGCUCUUCCCGUUGGCGCCCUUUCUUCGCGUCGUUUUCCCCCUCCGUUUGCUUUCCGCGUCGCUUCCGAGUGACGUAAGCCUUUCCUUUCCGGCCUGGGCUCGCGGCGUGUGAGGAGGAAUAUCCUGUUGUGUGUCACUUGUGGCAAAAACUAGAAACACAACAUGCAGAACGACGCUGGAGAAUUUGUGGAUCUUUAUGUUCCUCGUAAAUGCUCUGCUAGCAACCGGAUAAUUGGUGCUAAAGACCAUGCUUCCAUCCAAAUGAAUAUUUCUGAGGUUGAUAAGGUCACAGGCAGAGUCAAUGGCCAGUUCAAAACAUAUGCGAUUUGUGGAGCAAUCCGUAGGAUGGGGGAAUCUGAUGACUCUAUUCUACGUCUGGCAAAGAAUGAUGGCAUUGUUUCCAAGAACUUCUAACUGAAGGAACAUCAAGAAAUGGAAUUUCUAAUAAAAUAAAAAUGUUGGAAAACA